CAAAUGUAUUAAUUCCUCCCAAAAUUUAACAUUAACCCUCUUCCCAAGCACAUAUUUUCGCAUGCCUACAAAGAAUGCUUGUUAAACCCAAAAUCGACGGAUUCUAAAGUAGCUAGCAUAACGAACCAUGGUACUUCAACCUCUUCCUAAACGUACAAAAAGACGAUGUGAAAAAUCGACUCGCUUCAGAGGUCGACUCAAGUCUCCCAUAUGUGUAACAAAUGUUUCGGCGGUCAACUCUUCUGAAAACAAAUACGAGCAGCGUCAGGAUGAACAGACAAGAAACAUUUCGAAGAAGCACGACAGCAGAACAACAGCGUCUGCACACGCUCAAGAUAAACCGAAGACAAAUGCUGCAGACGCUUCAACCCCAGCCGGACCGACCGAGGCCAAAGUGGAGAAACUGAAAUGGCCGCUACCUCCAUCCUCAAUACAUGAUGGUCUGUUGUUCAGAAAAGUAGGAUGAUGUGACAGGGAAUUUGGUAACUGACAAUCCAUUUCAGCUCUA